AUGAUCGGUCUUGGGUUCUAUUACGAGGUCAUUCUCGCUGCUAUUGUGAUCCUCUAUCUCUAUAGCAAGCAUCAACGUCCAAGAAGUGUGAUCAGCGGAGUUUAUCGUCAAGAUGGGAAAUUUUCAACCAUCAAAUUUAUCUUGAUAGCCAUUCUCUUGCGAGUGCGGCAGGUAAGUGUUAUCACCAGACAGAACUUCGAACCACCUGGCCUGGAAGAUUUGGAUCAGCCUCAGCCACUUUCUUAUCACAAGAACGCUAUUGAUGCUGUGUACUUCAAUGGAUCGUCUGAAGACCAGCAAGUUGUGAUGUGCGGCAUGGCCAGGAGAAAAAAUAACCUCGUCAAUGGAUUCUUGUAUUUGCGAAUUCCAGAUUUUAGCGAUAAAUUUCUACUCUCUCCAAAACUUCCGGACACAAAUCUCUAUCAAACAGAGUCUGAUGCUAAUCAAUUCAAAGCAGAAGGGAUUUCUCUGAAACCCAUUGUGCCGAUGAAGACGUGGAAAAUCACCUACAAGGGCAAAAUGCAAUUUGAUACUCCAAAAUCAGAAACUUUCGAUGUUGAACUCAAUGCAACUUUCACAACCAAUCUUCCUGCUUUCAAUUACGACACGGACAUGCACUUCUCCAGCGCAGCCAAAGCAAUUUCCCGUGAAUACUGGUCUCGCGAGUAUUUUGAUAAUCUCAAAUCAUUUCAUCAGACCCACUAUGAGCAGUACGGAGACAUUAAAGGCUAUGUUCUGAUUGAUGACGAAAAGUUCGAUAUCUCAGUGAAUUCCGUUCGAGAUCACAGUUUUGGCCUGCAGAGAGACUGGAGAGUCUUUCACAGAUACGUCAUGCACUUCUUCACCCUUGAGGACGGUACAAGGAUAUCUGUAGGAGUCAUUUCAAUCCCAGUCACCUUUUCAAGCAUCACAGUGGGAUUUGUAACUGAUGCCACUAGCAAGAAGAAUCAUCCGAUCACAGAUUGCAACUUCAAACUCUAUCAACACGGGGAAAAUGGAAAUCCACCGAAAAAUUACGCAUUUUCCUUCACAACAGAAGAAAAAUCCUACCUUGUCGAAGUGAAGGCCUUCAUCACGCAGGAGUUCUUCAUAGGACUGGAAAGAGAGAGUAGAGUGAUUGAACUUCUUUCCCAAUUCACGGUGAACGGCGUGAAAGGAUGGGGAGCCGCUGAAUGGCAGUAUAGAAAUUUAACAGCAAAACCCCAAUUUGAAUAA